CCUGUUGGAAGUGGAGAACCUGCAUGUUUACUGGGCCUGCUCUUCACAUCCACAAGUGGCGGCCUGUUUCAGCGGUGCUUAAUUGUUUAUUUUCGAUCACCUCUGUCGUUGUUUUGAUCGCCCUGUUCCUGGUUCUUGGGGAAUUCGUUUCAUGAUCUGCGCCAUGCCAGUGUGCCUUGCGAGUUCUUAUAGAUAUCCCGCCUUCCUGCCUCCUGGUUUCGAACUCCAUCCGUAACUUUUCACUAGGUCUGCGGCUUCAUUACUUUCCUUCAUUUUGGGUAUUUGGUUUGGAUUGUAUCUCAAGUCACCCACGGAGCUUUUACUAUCUCCUUCACACCUGCUCUUAAAGAACCACCACCACAAGGAAAUACCCACACAGUCACUAUGGCUAUCCAAAAGUCCCGCAUCUCUGGCCCCAUUGGAGUCGCUCCUACGCCGAAGGUCAAGGCAAAUGCACUCCCUUCACAACACAUCGAGGCAUUCGAAUACAUCUCCUCACGCUUGAUCCGCAAAAACAUCAACCUCUCCCUAGUCCUCGUUAGAGAAGACACCCCACUACCCGCCUCUCCCAGCCCGCCUCUCGAGCCGGAGUCUCCUUCUUCACCGACCUCGUCAUUCUUCAGUCGUCUCUCACCGACUCAAUCUGCCUCAUCGUUCUCGUCGGCAUCUUCUGCCUCUUCUACCUCCUCUGACACACCAUCAUGGCCUCUGCCAUCACCAUCCUCGCCUGUCUCCCCUCGCUCACCACGCUCACCGCGCUCCCUCUUCUCUCCCCGCAUCUUCACGCUACCCUCCUCACCACGCUCCCCAACACACUCCAUGCACUCAAACUCAACCGGGACAUCCACCAGCUCCCUCACACCCCUCACCAUCCCCAGCACCCCCCACCCCGUCAUCACCCUCCUCCACGCCAUCCCCCCCACCCCCAAAGCCGCCACAACCCUCACCAAAAUCCUCCACAAAGCCUCCCUCCGCUUCCCCUUCCGCUUCGCCGUCCCCGCCGCCCAACCAACCCUCACCCACCGCUCCCUCCACCAAAACACCAUCCUCUUCUCCUCCGAAGGCCUCACCAUCGUCUCCCUCGACCGCAUCUACACCCUCAAGCACGCUCUAGCAACCUACUCCCGCCUCCUCUCCACCGGCGCCUCCGCCCCCGCCAUCGCCCUCGCGCUCGCUCGCGCCCUGAGCGAACUCCGCGCUCUCAUCUUCGCACAGUCCGGGCGGCCAGUCGCAAACACAUAUCUCCAGCGCGCAUACGACCACCUGCGCGUCUCGCCGUUUGCGCUGCGUCUCGUGAAUGCCGCGUUCGCGGCGCUGUAUAAGGGGUCCCACCCCCCUAUCUCGGGGGUGCCAGAAGAGGCGAUCAGACUGGCGGCGCCGCCGACGCCGAAGGAGAGGAGGGAGAGGGAGAGUAGUACGACGGUGAAGAGUUUUAGGGGCCCGUAUUGUAGGGGGCCUGUUACGCCGGGGGGUUGGGGGGAUAUUACGCCCGUGACGAGGGGGGAGUGGGGGUUUGUGGUUGGGGGGUGGAAGGGAAGGGGGGCGGUGGAAACCUGUUAG